AUGUCAUCGUCAAGGUCCAAGCUCCCUCUGCUCCUGUAUGGGAUUCUCCUGUGCAGCUCCUUUGCUCCUCUCCCAGUGAUCAGCAGUAGGAGACAAACCAUACUUAGUGCUGGUUCAUUGGUUUGGGCCAGCGGCAGCUCCUGGGACAAGAGGGAGGUGACAGCUAGAGAUGGAGAAUACCUGCUGGGGAUAAAGAGACUAAGAAGGCUUUACUGUAAUGUGGGCAUCGGCUUCCACAUUCAGGUCUUACCAAACGGGAAGAUCACAGGCGUGCAUAAUGAAAACAGAUACAGCCUUCUAGAAAUUUCUCCAGUGGAGAGAGGAGUGGUGACUCUGUUUGGGGUGAGAAGCGGCCUCUUCAUUGCCAUGAACGACAAAGGGAAACUCUAUGGUUCGGGCCACUACAAUGAUGAAUGCAAGUUCAAGGAGAAUCUCCUGGUCAACAACUACAAUGCCUAUGAAUCAGCUGCCUACCCUGGCAUGUACAUUGGCCUCAGCAAGACUGGCAAAACCAAGAGAGGCAACCGGGUCACACCCACCAUGACUAUGACACACUUCCUUCCCAGGAUAUGAAGCUUAAGAUCAAAACUCCAAUAGAACAGAACAAAGUCAAGUUUACUGUUGGACUGUUCAUGUUCUCCUUCUACAACUAACACAUCGGACUAUAGUAGAAAACUCUGCUGUCAUUUGAAACUUUCUUGCCCAAUUACAAGCUAACCAGCUCUGUAGGCAAUGUUUGCAUGAACUGUUAUUAUGCGCCAACCAAAGAACAGUAAUGUGGCAUCAACAUGGCUGUAAAUGAAGACUGAUGGAAUUGCAAAAUACAAAGCAGCAUCAAUGUUAACAUUGCUAUCAAUAAAGUUGGGCUCUUUACUAAUA